UAUAUGACACGUAGAUUAGCGGAUCCACAUUUUAUUUCUGGAGGAGCAUCGAACCGGAAUAAAGUUUGGUUAGGUUUUCUAUCGGUUGUGCUUGAGCGGCGGCGAAUUCCGAUUCGGGCGUUCGGAGGACUCUUGCUCGACGCGCAGAGGUAGAUUUCAUUUGGAGGAAGAGUUCCUCUAGGCCAGCACACAGCUCUAUGGCAAAGCACCAUCCUGAUCUUAUUAUGUGCCGGAAGCAGCCAGGGAUUGCAAUUGGCCGCUUGUGUGAAAAGGAUGACGGGAAGUGUGUUGUUUGUGAUUCUUAUGUUCGCCCCUGUACACUUGUGCGCAUUUGUGACGAAUGCAACUACGGUUCAUUCCAAGGAAGGUGUGUCAUAUGCGGCGGAGUUGGAAUUUCUGAUGCCUACUAUUGCAAAGAAUGCACACUUCAGGAGAAAGACCGUGAUGGAUGCCCCAAGAUUGUCAAUCUUGGAAGUGCCAAGACGGAUCUCUUUUAUGAACGCAAAAAGUAUGGAUUUAAGAAACGUUGAUCCAUCUUCUCUAUUUGCACUGAUAUUGUAGUUUAUUGUUAGAAUUUAUGUGUGCUUUAACAUUCCUUUUGUUGCUACAGCAAACCACUAAGCUGUGUUUAUUGUGUUGUAACGGUAUGCUAUAAUAUCACAUAUAUGGAUGAUCUAGGAUUUAUUCUUAUUAUAAUUCUAUUAUAUGGUGAAUUAAUUUUGAUUA